AUGGAGAGCGAGGGCAACGCCGCCGCCGCUGGUGCUGGCCACUGGGAGGCGCCGAACGGGGUGAUCGUACUGCCUGUGGGGUCGGCGGCGCCGAGGUUCCUGCAGCAGGAGCCCCAGUACCUGCAGCGGAAGCGUGAGAUGGAGCGGGAGCAGCAGGACCCGGGGGCGGCGGGGGCGGACCCGGGGGUUUUGGGGCUGGACCUCACGCAGCCGCCGGAGAAGGUGUACUACAAGACUAGGCUGUGCGAGAAGUUCGAGGCGGGCAAGUGCGCGUACGAGGACGGGUGCACCUUCGCGCACGGCUUCGACGAGCUGCGCCCGCCGCUGCCCGUGCCGACCUCGCUCAUCCGGCGGAAGUCGCCGCUGCGGCCGCGGUCGUCGUCGCCUGGUGCCGCCGCCGACGGCUCCCAAGGCGGCGGCGGCUACCUUAGGGUGUGCUUCGAGUUCAGGGACACGGGGGCCUGCCACCGGGGGGAUAGGUGCGCCUUCGCCCACGCUUCCCCAGCAGAGAUGCCCUUCCCUGGGGGGCCAAGGUCUGUGGAGCAUGCGCUGAGGAACGCGUCGCCGUAUGCAAAGGCGUACUCCUCGCCGGGGUCCGCGGCCGCCGCGCACCGUAGCAGCAGCAGCAGCAGCAGCAGCUAUGCACCGUCUUCCAUAAGGGGAGUGGAAUUGGAUCCCAAGGACAAGGGGCAGAGGGUUGCAGAGCUGCAGCCUGCAGCAGGGGGGAAGGGAAGAGGAGAUCAUGGGUUCUGGGAUUGGAGCCUUACUGGUGCUUCUUGCAGCAUGUCUAGCGUCUGCGCCGCCCUGCACUUUGGUUUCUUCCCGCAAGCACAUGGUAAGAAGCAAUCAUCAUUAGUUGUUGGUGGUAGUGCUGGAAAUAAUUCCCAGGAUGCAAGCAUCGAAGUGUUCAUGGCUGAUAGCAAAGACACAAUUGUUUCAACAAUUGAAGAUAGGAUAUCAGUAUGGAGCUUUCUUCCAAAAGAUUUUGGAGAGAGUAUGCAGAUUUUGAAGUAUGAGGUGAACAAAAGUGACUAUAAUAACUAUGAACCUCAAUCAAGCAGUGGCCAUGAUAGGUUUGUGACAGUUUUGAUGUAUCUUUCUGAUGUCAAGAGAGGUGGUGAAACUGCCUUCCCCAGAUCUGAGCUUAAGGGCACCAAAGUUGAGCUAGCAGCGCCAUCUGAAUGUGCUGGUUAUGCUGUACAGCCUGUCAAGGGGAAUGCAAUUCUGCUAUUCAAUUUAAAGGCUGAUGGAGUAAUAGACAAGGAUAGCCAAUAUGAAAUGUGUUCUGUCCUCGAAGGUGAGGAAUGGCUGGCCAUAAAACAUAUCCAUUUGAGAAAGAUUGAUACUCCAAAAUCUUCAUUGGUGUCCGAAGAUGAGUGCACAGAUGAAGACGAUAGAUGCGUCAGUUGGGCUGCUGGUGGGGAAUGUGACAGGAAUCUGAUAUUUAUGAUAGGAACUCCAGACUACUAUGGGAGUUGUCGGAAGAGCUGCCGUGUGUGCUGA